AUGGCUGACAUGAAGAAGACGCGGUGUUUGGGCAGAGUUGCAGCUGCCUGCAUGUUCAUCUUGACUUUUGCUUGUUUGCACGUGACUUGCCUAAAGCCGCAACUUUUCACCAGACUGGGAGAGCUGCGUUACUCCACGGAGCCACCUAUAAGCUAUAAAACAUUGUACUUUGACCAAAAGAUUGAUCAUUUUGGAUUCCUCCAAGACGCCACCUUCAAACAGAGAUACCUUGUAGCUGACAAACACUGGCAUCAGCCCGAUGGACCCAUUUUGUUCUACACCGGCAAUGAAGGCGACAUCACCUGGUUCUGCAACAACACUGGCUUCAUGUGGGAGGUUGCAGAGCCGUUGGGUGCCAUGCUGGUUUUUGCUGAACAUCGCUACUAUGGAGAGUCUUUGCCAUUUGGGAAAGACUCUUACAGCGACAGUAAACACCUGAACUACCUGACUUCAGAGCAGGCUCUUGCAGAUUUUGCAGUUUUGAUCCAAAGCCUGAAAAGUACAUUACCCAAGGCUCAGAACAGUCCUGUCAUCACCAUUGGAGGUUCCUAUGGAGGGAUGCUCUCUGCCUGGUUCAGGAUGAAAUACCCCAAUGUAGUCAUUGGAGCUUUGGCAUCUUCUGCACCAAUAUGGCAGUUUCCUGGUAUGGUGCCCUGCGGAGAUUUCUACAAAAUAGUAACUCAAGAUUUUGCCAAAAGUGGCUAUAACUGUGAUGCAAACGUCAGACGAUCAUGGAAGGCUAUUAAUAAUGUCUCCUCCACUGCUUCUGGUCUUCAGUGGCUGUCAGAAGAGUUCAGUUUAUGCUCCCCUCUUAAAAACAAGAAUGAUGUCAUCAGCUUCAAGAGCUGGCUCCAGGAGACCUGGGUGAACCUGGCCAUGGUGGACUACCCAUAUGAAGCCAGUUUCCUCCAGCCGCUGCCUCGCUGGCCGAUCCAGGUGGUGUGCAAGAGUCUCGCCUUUGAUUCCACCGUGUCUGACCAGCACCUGCUGCACGGUGUCUCCCAAGCAGCAAAGGUCUAUUAUAACUACACAGGAAGCUCCCCCUGCCUCAACACGUCUCAGACAGCGACCAGCAGCCUCGGUGAACUCGGCUGGAUGUACCAGGCCUGCACAGAAAUGGUGAUGCCCAUGUGCACAGAUGGGGUGCAGGACAUGUUUGAACCCGAGGAGUGGAACUUCCAGGCUUUCUCUGAUGAGUGUAACGCCAUGUUUGGGAUCAGGCCACGGGCUGACUGGGCCGGCACGGUCUACGGUGGAAAGAAGAUUGCCUCUCAUAGCAACAUCAUCUUCAGUAACGGUGGACUGGACCCGUGGUCAUCUGGUGGAGUGACUCAGAACGUUACACAAUCUGUGGUUUCCAUCUUGAUUCCUGAAGGAGCUCAUCACCUGGAUCUCCGAUACAGCAACAACCUGGACCCCCCCUCAGUCCGAGCUGCCCGAGCAUUAGAGCUGAAGUAUUUUCAGAAGUGGAUCAAACAAUAUCAAAAGGCAACUGGAAGAGAAACAGUCUCCAAAAAACAGCAGAAAGUCUCCCUGACCCGGAUGUUUAUGUCUGAGAUUUAGCUUUAGUUAGUACGCUAUGGACUU